GCACUGCGGAGCCGCCCCCUCGCUGCCGCCCCCUCCCUGCCGCCGCCGCCCAGGGGACGGCCCCUGCCCCGCCCGCGGGGGCGGCCCGCGCCGCGGCCCCUCCUCGAGGCAGGCCGGCUGCAUGGGCAGGCGCUGCGGGGCACCGCGGGUGCCGAGAUCGCCGUUCCUGGGCGCCAGUUUAGAUUGCUGCUGAUUUGAUCCUCUGGAAUCUGCAAAAGGAAAGUCUGCCAGGCUCUGUGAAUAGCUUUGCAGUGUAACAGGAGUGGAGUUCCCGAGCAGAAUUGCCUAGAGAUAUGUGAAUGCGUGGGAGCCAAGCUGAGCCCAUCGGUGUUUCUGCCUCAAACCUGGGCUCGUUCCCCAGGCACAGCCUGUGUGUGGGGUGAGCACCUUCGUGGCACCUGGAGAUGAUGUCAGUCGAAGGGUCUACGAUAACGAGUCGCAUCAAAAAUCUGCUUCGCUCCCCUUCCAUUAAGCUGAGGAGAAGCAAGCCUGGGAACAAGCGAGAAGAUAUAGGCAGCAAGGUGACUUUGGAGAAGGUGUUGGGCAUAACCGUGUCGGGAGGCAGAGGACUAGCCUGCGACCCCAGAACUGGCCUCGUUGCUUAUCCAGCUGGGUGUGUUGUUGUGCUGUUCAACCCUAGAAAAAAUAAGCAACACCAUAUUCUAAACAGCUCCAGGAAAACAAUUACAGCACUUGCUUUCUCUCCAGAUGGAAAAUAUUUGGUUACAGGAGAGAGCGGACACAUGCCAGCAGUUCGGGUAUGGGACGUGGCUGAGCGAACCCAGGUGGCAGAGCUCCAGGAGCACAAGUAUGGUGUGGCCUGUGUGGCCUUCUCCCCCAGCUCCAAGUACAUUGUGUCUGUGGGGUACCAGCAUGACAUGAUUGUCAACGUGUGGUCAUGGAAGAAAAACAUCGUAGUGGCAGCCAACAAAGUCUCAAGUAAGGUGACAGCAGUGUCAUUCUCGGAGGACUGCAGUUACUUUGUCACUGCUGGAAAUCGACAUAUUAAGUUCUGGUACCUGGAUGACAGCAAAACCUCCAAGGUCAAUGCCACUGUCCCCUUGCUGGGUCGCUCGGGAUUGCUUGGAGAACUGAGGAACAACUUCUUUGCGGACGUGGCUUGUGGACGGGGCAAAAAAGCUGACAGCACUUUCUGUAUCACAUCCUCAGGCCUGCUCUGUGAAUUCAAUGAAAAAAGGCUGCUAGACAAGUGGGUGGAGCUGAGGAAUACAGACAGCUUCACAACCACCGUGGCAAACUGCAUCUCUGUGAAUCAUGACUACAUCUUCUGUGGCUGUGCUGACGGCACCGUGCGGAUUUUUAACCCUCUGAACCUUCACUUUGUCACUACUCUGCCAAAGCCACACUUCCUGGGAACUGACAUCGCAAGUGUGACUGAGGCCAGCCGUCUUUUCUCUGGUGUGGCUGAUGCGAAGUAUCCAGACACCAUUGCCUUGACCUUUGACCCCACCAACCAGUGGCUUUCCUGUGUAUACAAUGACCACAGCCUGUAUGUGUGGGAUGUCAAAGAUCCGAAGAAAGUGGGCAAGGUGUACUCUGCUUUGUAUCACUCUUCCUGUGUGUGGAACAUUGAGAUGUAUCCAGAGGUGAAGGACAACAAUCAGCCCUGCCUCCCCCCUGGUUCCUUCAUCACCUGCUCCUCUGACAACACCAUUCGUCUGUGGAACACUGAAAGCUCCAACAUCCACGGCACAGCCCUGCACCGCAACAUCCUCAGCAAUGACUUGAUGAAGAUCAUCUAUGUAGAUGACAACACUCAGGUACUUCUGGACACUGAUUACAACUCAGCAGGAAGUGCAGACAAAGCUGAUGCACAAGUGCUGGAUACAAAGGUGGGGAUACGCACUGUCUGUGUGAGUCCCAGCGGGGAGCACCUGGCCUCAGGGGACAGGAUAGGCACUCUCAGAAUAUACGAGUUGCAGUCUCUGAAGGAAAUGCUGAAGGUAGAAGCCCAUGACUCAGAGAUCCUAUGUCUGGAAUACUCCAAACCUGACACAGGUUUAAAGCUCUUAGCUUCAGCCAGUCGGGAUAGAUUGAUUCAUGUCUUGGAUGCUGGGAAGGACUAUAGCCUGCAGCAAACCCUGGAUGAACAUUCUUCUUCCAUCACUGCAGUGAAAUUUGCAGCCAACGAUGGGAAAGUGAGGAUGAUAAGCUGUGGGGCAGACAAGAGCAUCUAUUUCCGCACUGCGCAGAAGACAGGAGAAGGGGUCCAGUUUACCCGAACACAUCACAUUGUUAGGAAGACCACACUUUAUGACAUGGAUGUGGACCCCAGCUGGAAAUAUGCAGCUAUUGGAUGCCAGGAUCGGAAUAUCAGGGUUUUCAACAUAAGCAGUGGGAAGCAGAAGAAACUUUACAAGGGAUCCCAAGGUGAAGAUGGCACCCUUAUCAAAGUGCAAACAGAUCCUUCUGGUCUUUAUAUUGCAACCAGUUGUUCUGACAAGAACCUCUCCAUCUUUGAUUUCUAUUCUGGCGAGUGUGUUGCAACCAUGUAUGGACACUCAGAGAUUGUAACUGGGAUGAAAUUCAGUAAUGACUGCAAACAUCUGAUCUCUGUUUCUGGUGACAGCUGCAUCUUCAUCUGGCGUCUGAGCUCAGAGAUGACCAUCAACAUGCGGCAGCGACUGUCGGACAUGAAACAGAGAGGGAAGCAGGCAGAGAAGUCUCCUCCUCACAAGGCAGCUGGACUCAUGAGGCAUGAGUCCAUCUCUGCCCUGUCCUCUGUGCCUGCCCUCUCAUCAGACAGCGAUAAGGAUGGUGAAGAUGAAGGCAAUGAUGAAGAUGAGUUACGAGGGCUGCAGUCUUUCCAUAUUCAGUCCAACUGCAACACUGAGAGAGACUCAGAUCCAGACCUUACCCUCUCAAGAAGCCUUUCCCACUGGGAAAUGAGGAGGGCCAAAGAGAUAGCGGCGAUGCAGCGCUCAGAGGCACCGAUGAGCAAGGUGCCCCGGCAGCGGGGCCGCUGGUCGCAGCCCAGCAGCAGCAUAGAGAUGACGGUGAAAUCCAUGCUCGACCUGCGGCAGCUGGAGUCCUUCUCUGUUUCCCGUUCUCCAAGCCGAGACUCGCUGUCCCAGAACAGCAAUGGGGACGACAGAGAAGAGCACACUGACCUUCCUGUGCACGUCAACAAAGUUGGCAGCUCAAUACCUCCCCAAGAUAAUGGGUCUUGUGCACGACCCCAAGUGAUUCGUCUUGUGUCUUGUGAAGAAGGGAUUUUCUCUCAGGAACUGGAACCUUCUGAGAGUGAGGAAUGUGUAAUCUACCCUGAGCAAGAUGAAAUCCAUCCCACAGACUCUAGCAGUGAGUUCCAGGUAAAAGCAUUGCCCCAUGGGAAGCUGUGUAGAGGUUAUCACAGCAAUGGAUGUCCAGACAAACACAGUCCAGACAGUGCCUGCUCUGUAGAUUACAGCAGCAGUCGUCUGUCCAGCCCAGACCAUCCGAAUGAAGAUUCUGAAGGCACUGAGCCUCUAAGCGUAGAUGGUGUUUCAGACCUGGAGGGAGAAGAAGGAGAGGAGGAUGUGGGUACUAGCAUGCCUGAGGGAGAAAUUCCUCAGAUACCUGAUCAGGAAAAGUUCCUCAAGGAGCAUUUUGGGACCCUGAGCAACACUGAUGAUAAAGGUGGCUCAUGUAGGAAUCUGGAAAGAACCGAAACCCUCAGCAUUUCCUCUCGCUUUCUUUCCCAGUCCCCGGCUCUCAGACAACUGUCACUCUCUUCAUCCAAUCUGACACUGGUUUCAAAGCCCAUCGAGCCACCAACCCAGACCAGUCAGUUUACAUCAAACCUGUUGAAAAAUGACAGCAGCCAUCCUGGUGACGCAUCGGAGAGCGGCCAGCUCUUGGAGCAUGUAAAUUCAAAUCGAGCUGCCUGUGUGCAGAAGAAGCGCAGAUCAGCUUUGGAGCCCAGCAGAGCUGGUAUGGCUCCUGGACGGGUGAUUGCCUCCUUUCCAGAAGGGCCUGUGAAUGCAGUCAUGAGGAAGGCACAGUCAGUGCAUGACCUCGUGCAUGAGGAUAAGGGUCCGGGAGUGAUAUCCUCUGCCAAGCAGCGUCCUCAGACUCUUUUGGUGGUUGAGAAGGAUCCCAGACCUAACAAUUGCAGGGUGUUAUCAGCCAGUAUGUUGAAGAUGGAUGGAUCUGGUGCUCUGCUGGCCAAAGAUGUCAGGGCUGCAAAACCAAAGUCCUACAUGAACCCCACAACCAGCUUCCGGGCUAAGAUGUCAAGGAGCGUAUCUGUAGGGGAAAAUCUGUACCUUGGUUGCUCCACUGAAAUGUUGACUGAUGGGAGGACUAGUCCUCCAGUGACAGAGAAGACACAGUUUAGUUCCACAUCAGAUGCUGAGAAGAUUAAGCUGCCAGUGAAAGAAAAUGUUCCAGUGAAACCUGCACUCCAGCCAGUUGUAAACUGUUCAUCUCCCAAGUCCUUCCACAGCAAGUUGGCAUCAUCAAACCGAGCACAUCUGAUUCUUGACAUUCCCAAACCAUUGCCUGAUAGACCCACACUGGCCUCCUUCUCACCCACUACCAAAGCAAAAACCCUGCUUGAGCCACAGUCUCCACAGUCACCUGCUGGGGCCUCUAAAAAGAAGCCCUCUUUUCCUGAGGUCCGAACCUCCAAGAGGGAGAAUCAAACUGCUGGGUUUCUGGUUCCUGGUAGAGAGGUCUCAACAGGGCUUGCUAAGGAGACCCCAGUGGAUUAUCCAGUCUCAAGGACAGAUUGCCAGGAUGAGCCAGGGGUCACUAGUCUAAAAGUGAGGGAAGUGUCAGAGGGCCAGCAGCUAAGUUCUCCUGAGAGCACACUGCCCAGGGGCAGGGAGCGGAUCACCGGCAUCGCCUGUGUGCUAGACAGCCAACCUGGACUUUGCCCACUAGACCCCAUCAGGCCCAGGUCUCCUACAGCUAUAACUGCCUCGGCACAGGUCUCAGGUGUGCAUGGAUACUCAUCUCUUAUCUUCCCCCUUCUGUCUCCUGUCUUUGUGAACCGCCUCACGAUCCCAUCACAUUUCUUUACGUCCAGCUUCUGGCCUGUCUCGUCCUGUCUGCACCUGUCUCGUUCCAUAAACCAUCCCCUCAAUGAGUCGGGCAUCAGCAUAGAGCAGUGUGAGCAUGUGGUGUCCGAGCUCCAGGACAGCAUGCGCAGAGCCCUUCACCUCUACCGCAGGGUACUAAACGAUACGGGAUCUUCUACUGACAAAGAUAAAAUAGCAGGCCUCCUGACAGAUGCAUUCUCCUCCGUGAAGAAAGACUUGGACUCUCUGAAGGAUGCAGAAGAGCUUCCAAAAGACAAGGAGGCGCUGGUGAAGCCACAAGAUAACACUAGCCCACUGAAUGAGGGAUGUGGUGCCAAUCUACCGAGUCCCAAGAGCUUGGGAGAUGAGCAGACACUCGCUUUGUUGGAACAGUACUCGGAGCUAUUGCUGCAAGCUGUGGAACGACGCAUGGACAAAAAACUCUGAGGGGUGGCCUUCAGGUGUUUGUGAAUACACAGAAAUAAUUGCAAGAAGAGGACCACAGAGAGAGCUUCAGACCAAUGCUACCAUCAGCUGGUCUAGGGCUGGUGGGGAUACAUUUAUAAAUUGAUUUCCUCAGGCUCCAACAACUGACUUGUUCCAAUUCUUAGCAAUGUGCUGGCCACAGUUUUAAUAUUUGUUUCCCAACGGUCUUCAACUUCCAAGACUUCUAAACAAAGUCUUGAAAGAGGAGUUUGGAGAAAUUGCCUUGAAAUUUCUUCAUAGCCAGGAGAUCAGGAUGUUUGACACCUAAAAUACAAAGAAAAUCCAGUUUAUCCAAGAAAUUCUGAACUGCUGACUAAAAGUAAAGGUCAAUGUGAAGCCAAUCCCUUCCUCUCCAAGACUUCAUAAGAAUAAGAAAUCAGACUUUUUAUGGUUUAUUUAUUAAUUUAUUUCUCUUGACUGUUGCUCUAUGCCACGUUUGUGGCUGUUACCUUUGUCCUUUUAAAAAACUGUCAAUCCCUUUGCCAUAUCCCAGCGAGAAACAAUCUCUGUAUUAUAAAUCCCCAACAGGGAGACAGGCUGGAGUGUCUGUGCAAUUAAUGAACUGUUCUCUGCUUAGAUCUUUUCUUGCUGUUCUUGGUUUUCCUGCCUUGGUUUUGUUCCCUGCAGUAAUCCUGCUGUUGUUAUGACAACCCUGUCUGCUUUCCUAUUGUGUCAAAAUAGUCCCCACACUGUAUCUUAUCUGCAUUCACCUCAAGGGAAAGGCUCUGUAUCCCUUGGGCCAUGCUUUGGAGAUUACUUUUAUGAGUUCAUCCAGUGGUAUUUUUAAUCUGGAAUUUGAAUACUUCAGACUGGGUUUUCUGCAAACAUUUUAAAAAUUGGUUUUAGAUACAAAAGUUUAUUUCAGCCAGCUUUCAUGAUUAGGAAUUGGAUAUUGACUUUGUUAUGAUUUAUUUUUGGAGAAGUGACAUGGAAAAGAUGGUUUCCAUCUCGUACAGUGUCACUAUGGGUUUGAGAGAUCUUCAGUGCCAUGGCUCAUCUGUGUCAUUUGUUCAUUUCACUGUGAUAGGAAAAUGUUUUCUCCUUGCCUUUACAUGAAAACAGAACAUUUACAUCACAAGAAAGCUGGGAUUCUUUUACCUUUUGUAAAGUUAUUUCAAAUACCCUCACAAAAUUAUUUCCUAAGAACUUCAAAUGAGAUAUUUUGGGGUGUGAUGACCACCAUUUUUCCUGCCUCUAGCUUCUUUGCUUUUAAGGAAUUUCUGGUCUGAGAAACAGAAUCUUCUCUUCUUGCAUUUGUAUGUGCAAUAUUCUUCUUGCCCUGCGGAGCUUCUUUAAACCCAUGCUAACUUGUGUCUGUUGUGGCUUAAAAUUGUCCAAUGAUGUUUUUUAGGUCAAUGAUAUAAGCUAAGGAAAACAAUUUUAAACCAAUGAAAUUCUUCAGCACCUUCCCCCUUACUCCCAUUCCUUUCAACAACAGGAGAAAAUACACGAAAUGUUUUAUUUCUUGCA